UGGCCAUGGCGGGGGAGGGUCGGGCCGUGGCUCGGGGCCUCUCUGCCGCCGCCGGCGGCUGUGGGGGGUCCGGAGUGCUGUAACCCGAAACCUCCCGCCCUUGCGGCGGCGGCGGCAGGCGGAAAGCGCAGAUAAAAAUGGAAAAAAGGCGGCUCGCCAGCCUGACAUCGCUGCCGCCCGAGGCCACGGCGCAGAGGGAAGCGAUUCUUGAGAGAAACAAAGACUGCUAGUGCCAUUCUUGUUUCUUCACAGCCAAGAUGAAGGAACAGAGUGAGAUGCACAGCUGUUUCUUCCCUGUUCUAGGCUUGGCACUGUUGUUGACCUCUUUGGUGUGCCCGUAGGCAAUUUCCUGUCCCUUCACUUUCCCAUCUAAAAUGGUUUCCUGCAUCCUACAGGUAAAUUUUAAUUAACGCAGGCAAAAGGGCCUCCCGCCUUUGGAGAGAGUUUGAAGAAAUCUUGCCUGAAUGUUUCUGAGCGUUGUUCUGCUUCUAGCUGCUCAGCAUGUCUUGGCUGCACCAGCUCUGCACGCUCUGACCAUGAUCAGCAAUUCCUCCCUCACCAAUGUGAAAGGCCUGAGGAACCUCACCACGCAGGAAGACGGGGCGGUCAGAGUCACGGAGUCCAUUGCUAUAAUCGUCAUUGCUAUUUUCAUCUGUUUGGGCAACCUGGUGAUUGUCGUCACCCUCUAUCGGAAGUCUUACCUUCUCACGUUGAGCAACAAAUUUGUGUUCAGCCUGACCCUCUCCAACUUUCUACUCUCUGUACUGGUGCUGCCUUUUGUUGUCACCAGCUCCAUCAGGCGGGAAUGGAUCUUUGGAGUCGUUUGGUGCAAUUUCUCAGCCCUGCUCUACAUGCUGAUCAGCUCAGCCAGCAUGCUUACUCUUGGACUCAUAGCUAUAGACCGAUAUUAUGCUGUUCUAUACCCGAUGGUUUACCCGAUGAAGAUAACAGGCAACAGAGCAGUGGUAGCUCUUGUGUAUGUGUGGCUACAUUCCCUUAUUGGCUGCCUCCCUCCUCUCUUUGGCUGGUCGUCUUUGGAGUUUGACCAAUUCAAGUGGAUGUGCGUGGUGGCCUGGCAUAAAGAGGCUGGCUACACUGCCUUUUGGCAGAUCUGGUGCGCGUUGCUGCCUUUCCUGGUCAUGAUGAUCUGCUAUGGAUUUAUAUUCCGCGUGGCAAGGAUUAAGGCCCGCAAAAUCCACUGUGGGAGCGUCGUCAUUGUGGAGGAGGACUCCCAGAGGAACGGGAGGAAGAACUCCAGCACCUCCACGUCGUCUUCUGGCAGCCGAAGGAAUGCUUUCCAAGGGGUUGUCUACUCGGCCAACCAGUGCAAAGCUUUCAUAACCAUCUUGGUUGUCAUCGGUGCUUUUGUGAUUACAUGGGGGCCUUACAUGGUAGUAAUUACAUCAGAGGCACUUUGGGGAAAAAAUAGUAUUUCCCCUGCCUUGGAGACAUUAGCUACGUGGUUGUCCUUUUCCAGUGCCAUUUGCCAUCCACUAAUUUAUGGACUGUGGAACAAGACGGUGCGCAAGGAACUACUAGGAAUGUGCUUUGGGGAUCGUUAUUAUCGCGAGUCAUUUGUUCAGCGACAUAGGACAUCGAGGUUAUUCAGCAUUUCAAAUAGGAUCACAGAUUUGGGACUGUCUCCUCAUCUUACUGCCCUCAUGGCAGGUGGGCGGCCACUAGGAAACAGCAGCAGCACAGGAGACACAGGUUUCAGCUGCUCACAGGAUUCAGGAACAGAUGCAAUGCUUCUUGAAGAUUAUAGCUCAGAUGGCCCUCCUGUCCCACACUGCAUCUGUCCUCCUCGAAGGAGGAGUUCAGUGACGUUUGAAGAUGAAGUAGAGCAAAUUAAAGGUGGGUCUAGGGAAGCUGCAAAGAAUUCUGUUCUUCAUGUAAAAGCUGAAGUCCAUAAAUCUCUGGACAGUUAUGCAUCCAGUUUAGCAAAAGCUAUUGAAGCUGAUGUGAAAAUCAGUUUGUUUGGGGAAGAUGCUUUACCAGGAGCUCUGUUCCCUGUGCGGACUCUUCCAGGAAGCAGUAUGAACACCCGGCGUGGUAUCAGGCCCCAUGCUAGCCAAAGACUUCAGUUGCAGAGCAUCGAUGAAGGGAGUAUUUGACAGGUGUACUGGAGCAAGAAAACAGAAUGAAACCACUAAGGGGGACCUACUACAGCUGUUACUGUUUUCGCAGAACCAGAAUACUUUGAUGGGAUGUUUUCAGUGUUCUUUCAACACUGGAAAACCAUCUGAAUUAUGGUACUUUUAUCAGCAUUUUGCAGCAGUAUUUGUUUACUGGUUAGGGUGCUAUUGACUCUUUUGUGCCAUGUCUUAAAUUUGUCACACAGUACAUAGGAAUGCAGGGUUUGGUUUCAUGAACCAGACCAUUAGCCUGUUGAAUCUUGGGUUCAUCAUUGGCCAAAGCCGAUACAGGAAUGAAAAGGGCUAAGUAUGUGCAGUGUUUAAUUCAUUGUUGCUUGGAUUCUUUUCUGACCACCAGAAUAAUCAGUUUACACUUGACAGAUGGGAGUGCUCUGAUAGGAGCUUGUGCGUUGGUUACUACAUACAACCUUAGUGUCACAGCCUCCCAAAAGGUGGAGGAUGGACUUCACUAAGAAACAAAAUCUGAACUUUUCAGAGAGCUCAUGCAGAUUAUGGUCCCACUUACCCUUGCUAGUGGAUAUUUCUGGCUGUUCAGCCAUCAGAAUGCUGGAUCUGAAACUGGUUUGUGCAUUAUGCCACGUCAGUUUCUCUAGGUGGAAUGGGUGGAAACAGAGCUGUGCUGGAAAUAUCACAGAGAUGGUAUUUGAGGAAAUCAUCAAUGCAGAGUUCUUAGAUUCUCUGAGAACUUCAGUUAACUCUCUGUUUUGCUUUUACUGAAAGGGCAGUCUAUGGCUGUGGUAAUCUUGACAGAAUAUAAGGUAUUACCACUUUAUAUUCAGGAUUCAUCUUUUCUAGAGAGGAAGGUUCUGAGGUUUUUGUUUUGUGAGGGAAUGUAGUAUUUAAGCAAUAGUUACCUCAGUGCAUCUAUUCCUUGGAGUAUUAAUUCAAUAAUCUCUAAAAUAAGAACAUUUGGCACUUACACUGCACUUUGCAUGUUCUUAAGCACUGUACAGACAUUACCUUGUUAGGCCUUUGUGGGAGGGUCAAUCAGCCCUGCUUGCCAAAGAAGGGGAACUCAGCAACAGUCAACUGGCAAUGGAAGAAGAUGGAAAGGUGGGACAGUUUGUUAGGAAAAGAAGGAUGAGGUGGAUCACAGGAGAAUGCCCAGCUUGAGGAACCUUUUUGUGCCUUCCCGGGCUGGCCCCUUCCUUACCAUGUUGGGGGUUACAGCCCUGCCUUACUGCCUAUUUCAAAGCGAGAGAGAUGUAGAUGAGUAGAAUAAAUUUUUGGGGAGCAAAUGGACUUAAGGACCAAGGAUUUGCAUUUGUUUACUCUGUGUCUGCUCCCCCUGCCUCCAGCUUUCCCCAGCAGUGGUUUGUAUGACUUUUUGCUGCAGAUUGCUUGGAAAUCGAGGGCGGCAUGUUUCCAUCUGGGCAAAACCUGGGUGUACGCUUGUUAAAUUACAGCUGCGGGCAACUUAGUUGGAGGUGUAGAAGCCAACUGUUUUUGAGGCAGAGCCUCAGUCCAGUACUGUAUUUAGACACCCUAUUUGUUCCCAACUCAGAAACACAUUUUAGCAUAAGCUUAUGUCCAUCUCUGGACAAAGCAGCCUGAGUUUAUGAACUAGCCUGAAUCCCAUUACAUUCCCGUGUAAGAUUUAAUGGAAUGCUUAAAAUUCAGUACAUGGUUUGCUGAUUAAGAAUGGGCCGUUAAAGCAACAACACUUAAGCACCAGUAAGAUGGCUCUUUGCUUAAUGCAGGAAUGAAACGACUAAUAAUAGUGAGAUCUUCACUGCUGUAUUUGUUUGCUUCUAGUGCAUUAGAAAAAUUGUCACCUGGGGGCAGUCAUUUAAAAAAAAAUUUAAAUAUCCCAGUAUUUGCCAGGAAACGUCCUACAUGGAGGUCAUUAUUGCUGUCGUUAACAUUACAAUCACAGUUGCUCAUACUCCUCAGCACUCCUUAAGGUAUACACUUGCCUCAGGUGGCUUGAAGUAUUUUAUUUGCAUCCCUUUUAUUUCAUAUUCCUGCUUCAAAACAAGCUGAACAAAGUUGUCUCUGACUGUGAAAAGGGUGCAGGUGAGUGUGAAUGGAUUGUGGCGAAGUUGGUGGUAGCCCCAAACGGUGUAUAUUUAGGAGUCAAAAUUCCAAGGUGCAGGUGAGAGCACAGAAUUGUUAGUGUUGUGUAAAAUGCACGUUUUUCACACAGGUACUGAGCCGAAUUCAGCCUUUGGGCAGAUCGGUGGAGUUGCAUCAGUUUACACCGUGGCUGAAUUCAGCUGUCAGUGUUAAUUUCACUAAUCCGUUAUUUAGUGUAAAUGUUGUUAAUAUUUUUGUACACACAUUAUAUAUAUAACCUUUCUGUAAUUCUGUUAUUACCAGAGUCAUUAUCUCACUUGAAUUGUCAUUAUCAACAGCAGUGAUUAAGAAAGGCACACGUUUUGUAAAACUGUAUUCCCCAUCUUAAAUACAAAAGAAAAAAAAAACAAAAACCAC